UCGACACGUGCGCUGCACAAGACCUCACCGCGCUGCUCCCGCUGCGGCGCUGCCACCUCCCCGGCGGGCGGCGGCUUCCCCACAAUCUAGGAAUCCGCCCGGGCGUCCGUCCCUCGAUCACGCUCGCGGCCUCCCGUGCGGCCGUGCCACGGGGCCGCCGCAGCCAUGUACCGCGUGACCGGGAGCCACCUCGUCGCUUCUCUCAAGGGACAUGGUUCUAGUAGGUUUGCUAGUACAAGUGUUAUUAAGCAGUCUUCAGGAGGUUCAUUUGGGGGGAAGUCGAGCCAGCUUCCUCCUCUCGAUGUGCCUCUCCGUGGCAUUACCCUUCCUCCACCACUUCCAGACUAUGUAGAGCCAGCUAAGAUAAAAAUCACCAGUCUUCCAAACGGCAUCAAAAUUGCGUCCGAAACAUCACCGAGCCCAGCUGCAUCAGUAGGACUGUACAUUAACUGUGGUUCUAUAUAUGAAGCACCUGAGUCGUCUGGAGCAACACAUCUGUUGGAUCUAAUGGCCUUCAAGAGCACCACAAAUAGGAGUCAUUUACGGCUAGUUCGUGAAGUAGAUGCCAUUGGAGGGAAUGUUUAUAUGUCAGCCUCUCGUGAGCAAAUGUGCUAUACCUAUGAUGCAUUCAAGGCUUAUGUACCUGAGAUGGUUGAAGUGCUCAUUGAUAGUGUGAGGAACCCAGCAUUUUUUGAUUGGGAGGUUAAAGAGCAGCUGCAGAAGAUGCAAGCCGACAUAGCUGAAGUUUCUGAUAAUCCCCAGUACUUACUUUUAGAGGCACUCCAUUCAGCUGGCUAUUCUGGGGCACUGGCAAAGCCUCUGGUGGCUCCAGUAUCAGCCGUACAUAGGUUGGACAGUAGUAUCCUCGAGAAAUUCAUUUAUGAAAACUAUAUUGCUCCAAGGAUGGUCCUUGUGGCAACAGGAGUUGAACAUGAUGAGUUAGUAUCAAUUGCUGAGCCACUUCUGUCAGACCUCCCUGGUGUGAAGCCUCCGGAAGACCCAAAAUCGGUCUAUGUAGGUGGAGAUUAUCGUUGUCAAGCAGACUCUGCAAAAACACAUGUAGCUCUCGCUUUUGAAGUGCCAGGUGGGUUUUAUGAGGAGAAAACAGCUAUCAUUGCGAUGAUCCUUAAGAUGCUCAUGGGUGGAGGAUGUUUUUGCUCUUCUGGCGGUCUUGGGAAUGGCAUUUAUUCCCGACUAUAUCUUCGGAUCCUAACCAACUACCAACAGAUCGAGUUCUUCUCCGCGUUCAACAGUAUCUAUGAUCGUUCUGGUCUUUUUGGCAUUCAAGCAAUAACUGUAAGCCUCUUAUAUUGUGUUCUCAUGAAACCCAGGAAGAUAGCACUUGACGCUUCUCUUGUCUGUCUUGGAAAUAUCCUGCACUCUUUAGUUUCCAAUAUGUUUAUUGUGUAACAUUUGACCUUUGUGCUUAGUUGAUGUGUGUGCACGUUCACGUUUUGACUUAGCUUUAUUCAGUCUUAAGCAAAGAAAGCAUGUGAAAGACUAGGUGAAUGUGUGAAUAAGUUCUAGUAGGCUAGUAGCUAGUGGUUUUUCUGGCCAUUAUAGAGGGCAGAAGUAAACCAAAGCACCAUGGGAAUGUUCCAUGUUCUUGAUUGCAAUAACAAAUGGUAGAGAGGUGGCCAAUAAUUUCCCAGGAUACAUCCAACAGGAUUGUGACCUUGUGUCAGAUACCAUCCGACUGGAUCCUCUAUUCAGAGUAAAUGCCGAAGAGACAUCUCAACUGCCCUAUAUUUAUCAAACAAGUUGAUUUUUGUGACCCAUCCCACAUCUCUGUAUUUUGUCCAAAAUUGUGUUCACCAUUUCCCCCUCUGGCCUUCCCCAUUAUCUCUACCUUGGCUUGGAAGAUGUUAUGUAAAGAACAUGUCAAGAUUGUCUACAUACUUGCAGAGAUUCAGCAUGCUCUUUUUUCUAUCAUUGUAUUAUCAAAUAAAUGGUAGCCUUUAUUGUUGUCUCCUGUACGUUAUGUCGUUGUGAACUUACUCCUUGUUAUACAAUUGAAUCUGACAUAGCCUGGUGACUUGCAAUAAUUCAAUCGGAGCCCUGAUUUUGUGUCAAAGGUUGUGGAUUUGGUAGCGGGAGAACUCCUUGAAGUUGCUACUCCUGGAAAAGUUACACAAGAAGAGCUUGAUUGAGCUAAACAUGAGACCAAGUCUGCAGUAUUGAUGAUCUUGGAGUCAAGAGCUCUAGCAUCUGAGGAACUUGGUAAGCAGAUUUUGACUUUUGGGGAAAGGUAUAAUUAUACGAGCAUUGAUCAAUCAGUGAUUAAUUGCAUCCCAUUCUUAAACUUCCACACACACUAGCCAUGUAUUAGACUAUUAGUAUAGUUUACAAUGUGGAAAAUCGUAUCAGCCCCAUUGACCAAACCUGGCAAUAAUGCUAUGGAAAUCGUAUUGGACCCUUUUUGACUUUAGGCUUUCAGAAUUUGUGACUGUUCCUAUAAACAAUACCCAAACAUGCUCCUAUAAAAAAAAAAACCCAAACAGGCUUGCUUGGUAACCUGUGGUGUGUGGAUUAGGCCCUGGCUGAAAUGGAAAUUCAUCUGGAGCGCUGAUCUUGGGUUGUUCAGGUUCAGUUGCAUCUUUAAUGGUGCAGGACUGGGCUUUGUCCAUGGGCUCUGUAGUCUGUACAUGAACAGUUAAGCAAGGAACUUUCAUGUCUGUCUCUGUGUAUGAAGAGGCCUGGUGAACCAAGUCCAGGGUUGGCACUUGGCAGUAGAACUAAAAUGGGUUGGGUAGGGUUAUUCUUGUGGACUUAGGCCUUGGGUUUUAAGAUAAGUCUAGUUGAGUUGAGCUACAUUGGGACUGUGCUGCUUGUUUGACUCAAUGGUUCAGGUGGGAUCCAUGUUUGCUUCUCCUUUCUCUCUUUCCAUGGUUGUGAAUGCGAUUUGCCUAUGUUGGUAUUGCAGCAAACCUAUUGAGAGUUUCUUGAAAUAUCUUGAAGAAAUCACUUUGGAUGACAUUUCUUCAACCGCCAAGAAGAUCAUUUCUUCACCCCUUACAAUGGCAUCGAUGGGCGAUGUUGUUCAUGUACCUAGCUAUGAGUCAGUCAGCCGGAAGUUUCACUCAAAGUGAGGAAGCCUAUAUGGCUGAUCAGCUGUGCCUCAUGACUUGCAAGGUGCAGAUGUGUAACUCUUCUGGUCUACGCUAACUUCUCUUGGACAUCUAUAAGCAAAAUAGUAGCCAAUGGCAAUGGUGAUGACAGUGCCAUCUCAUAUUCUUUUGUUCUGCUAAUGCUAGAGAUUAGGGGGAAAAGAAAAGCCGUGACAGCUCUGAUCUCCUUGCUGUAGGGAUCAUGUUUGUUUGCUUUUCCUAUACUGAGGAACGAGCAUAGCCAAGCUGUCUCCGCUGAAUUUGUAUAGUCCGUAAAACUUUGGAGUCAUUUUGACGUUUUGUUGACCUGAUAACUGAUGGCUGCCUUUUUUUUU